AUGUUCCUUCACCUUGUUUGGAAUUUUGGGGGCAGGGGAGCUGGACAGGACCUUGACUACGAGGAUACGUUUUCUGACUUUCACCCCGACUUAUGUGAAACUGCCCAUCUGAAGACACUUCGUCACCCUUGCCUGCUGAGAUUUUUAUCAUGCACCGUGGAGGCGGAUGGGAUCCAUCUGGUCACCGAGCGAGUGCAGCCUCUGGAAGUGGCUUUGGAAGUGCUGUCUUCUGCGGAGGUCUGUGCCGGCAUCUACGACGUACUGCUGGCCCUCGUCUUCCUUCACGACAGAGGGCACCUGACACACAACAACGUCUGCCUGUCAUCUGUGUUUGUGAGUGAGGACGGCCACUGGAAGCUGGGGGGGAUGGAGACCGUCUGCAAAGUUCCUCAGGCCACACCCGAGUUUCUGAGGAGUAUUCAGUCAGUAAGAGACCCAGCAUCUAUCCCUCCUGAAGAGAUGUCUCCAGAAUUCACAACUCUGCCAGAGUCACAUGGACAUGCCCGGGAUGCCUAUUCAUUUGGGACAUUGGUGGAAAGUUUGCUCACAGUCUUAAGUGGACAGGUUUCAGCGGACGUUCUCUCCAGCUUCCAACAGACCUUGCACUCAACCCUGCUGAAUCCCAUCCCCACAUGUCGGCCGCCGCUCCGCACCUUACUGUCCCAUGACUUCUUCAGCCAGAGGGAAAGGGGUGCAGGUGUAAAUGGGGAGCCCCAGGUGGCUGGCCAUGUGGUGGGGCCGUGUGCUGAAGCGUCGGCCCCCGGCCUGUCAGCCUCCUCCCGCCAGACUCGAUGCAAGCCGCCCUCCCCCCGGGGGGCCCACAGGCCCCCCUCCCGCCCCCCCCACCUGGCUGAGGAGAUGACUGCACGGCUUCCGGCAGGAGAAAUGGGGAGCCUCCCAUUCCUGCUGGACAGAGUCAGCUGCUUGUCCGAGGAGUUGAUCGCCUCGCGGUUGGUGCCUCUUCUGCUUAAUCAGUUGGUGUUUGCAGAGCCAGUAGCCGUUAAGAGUUUUCUGCCUCAUCUGCUUGGCCCCAAAAAAGACAGCGCGCGGGGAGAAGUGCCUUGCCUGCUGUCGCCGGCCCUGUUCCGGUCGCGGGUGAUCCCUGUGCUGCUGCAGCUGUUUGAGGUGCACGAGGAGCACGUGCGGAUGGUGCUGCUGUCUCACCUGGAGGCCUACGUGGAGCACUUCACUCCGGAGCAGCUGAAGAAAGUCAUCCUGCCACAGGUCUUGCUGGGCCUGCGUGAUACCAGUGAUUCCAUUGUGGCAAUUACUCUUCAUAGCCUAGCAGUGCUGGUGUCCUUACUUGGACCAGAGGUGGUUGUGGGAGGUGAAAGAACCAAGAUCUUCAAACGCACAGCCCCAAGUUUUACUAAAAUGGUGGACCUUUCCCCAGAAGGUGAUCAAUAUUCUCAGCCUAUCAAAUUCCCCAUGAACGGACUCUCCGAUGUGAAAAGUACCUCAGGAGACCGUGAAAACUUCCCAUCAAGUUCUAAGAAGUCUGAGGAGUGGCCCGACUGGAGCGAGCCGGAGGAGCCUGAAAACAAAGCUGUCAGCAUACAGAUUGGUCCCGCGGAACCCCGCGAUGCCUCCACAUCCCCGCUCCCUAACUUGAACACGGAGGAGGCGUCAUGGGAUGACUUUGAGCCCAGCAGCUUAGACAGUGAAACAAACGCAGGAGGAGGAGUCCCCGUUGUGAGACCUGGGGCCGCAGGGGGACCUGAGCCCAUUCCUGCCUUGUUUUCACUCACUGAAGAGCCCAAGCCUUCGAAACCCGGCCUGUGCCAGAAGGCCGGUCUUGCGCCAAGCAGGGAUGACCCGGGCCACACCGAGCCCCCAAAAGUGUCACCAGAAGGACGCCUUAAGGUUCCAUCUGAACUGGGUUUAGGAGAGGAGUUCACCAUUCAAGUGAAAAAGAAGCCAGUACGAGAUCCCGAGUUGGACUGGUUUGCGGAUAUGAUCCCAGAAAUUAAGCCUUCGGCUGCUAUUCUCAUUUUGCCUGAACUGAGGACAGAAAUGAUGGUUUCCGGCAAGGAUGACGUCCCACCAGUGAUGCAGUUUUCCUCGAAAUUCGCUGCAGCAGACCUUACCGAGGGAGAGUCCGAAGGCUGGGGAGACGAAGGGGAGCUGAACUGGGAAGAUCACAACUGGUGA